GUGAAAUCACACCAUAAAAAGAGAGCUAGCCACCGCGAGCAUCUCACACCCACUUCAAUGGCCAGCCCCCCAUUUCAAACUUCAUGGCUCGCUCUUGCUCUCGUCGUGGCAUUGGGUAUGACUCUCGCCCCGCGAACGGAGGCAGCGCGGGCCUUCUUUGUGUUCGGGGAUUCGCUCGUCGACAACGGCAACAACAACUACCUUGCGACGACCGCCCGGGCCGACUCCCCGCCCUACGGGAUUGACUACCCGACCCACCAGCCCACGGGCCGGUUCUCCAACGGGUUCAACAUCCCCGAUUUCAUCAGUCAGGAGAUUGGUUCAGAGCCCACGCUGCCAUACCUGAGCCCUGAGCUCAGAGGGCAAAGGUUGCUGGUGGGAGCAAACUUUGCUUCAGCUGGAAUUGGAGUGCUCAACGACACUGGAGUUCAAUUUAUCAAUGUAAUAAGGAUGUACCAACAACUGGAGUACUUUCAGCAGCACCAGCGACGGGUGGCGGCAUUGAUCGGGCCGGAACGCACCAAGAAGCUCGUGAACCAAGCCCUCGUGCUCAUCACUGUUGGAGGCAAUGACUUCGUAAACAACUACUUCUUGGUGCCCUAUUCCGCAAGAUCUCGCCAGUACUCUCUCUCUAAUUACGUCCCCUACGUCAUUUCCGAGUACAAGAAGCUCCUCAUGAGGCUCUACGACCUUGGGGCGAGGCGGGUUCUGGUGACAGGCACCGGGCCGCUGGGGUGCGUGCCGGCGGAGCUGGCGACGCGGAGCCGGAACGGGCAGUGCGCAGCUGAGCUGCAGCAGGCGUCCUCCCUGUACAACCCUCAGCUCCUCCAGAUGCUCAAGGAUCUCAAUAAGAAAUACAAAUCGCAAGUAUUCAUUGGCGCCAACACCCAGCAAAUGCACAAUGACUUCAUCACCAACCCUCAAGCAUACGGAUUUAUCACAUCGAAGGUGGCGUGCUGUGGGCAGGGGCCGUACAAUGGGAUCGGUCUUUGCACGAUGGCGUCGACCCUGUGCACCAAUAGGGACCAGUACGCGUUCUGGGACCCGUUCCAUCCGUCGCAGAAGGCCAACCGUCUGAUCGUCCAGCAAAUCAUGACCGGCUCCACAAAGUACAUGGACCCCAUGAACCUCUCCAGCAUCAUGGCCUUGGACUCUAGGCUCUGAUCAUAAUGUCUUUCAUUGUCUCUCUAUGGCUAUGUAGCUUCCACUUAAUCUGUGAAGGAUGUAGUUAAUAAUGGUAAUUGAUGCAAUUUAACGGACA